AUCUCCGAAGAGGAGUCAGAGGAGGUUAUCGACGAUUCCUCACAACCGAGGCCUUCUUCCUCCAACUUGAAUGCCACUCCUUUAACCGCCAAUCUCUCAACCGACAGUCUAGAGACACAUCGUUCAAGGCACUAUACGCCGUCACAAUUCGAAAAUGUGCCACUCUCUUCCGUGAAUUUAAACGAAGGACAUCUUAUAUCUGAUUCCACUCUACUUCCGACCAAUCUUUCCACGUCAGUUUGA